CCUGAAGACAAAAAAAUGGGAUUUAUUGGCGGCCCAUUUUCUCUCAUUCCAUGGGCUGGAUCUGCUAAUGCCCAUCCAUACACAUCUUCUUCUUACCAUAUUGUGCAGAGGACGAGAGCGGAAGUAGGAUCGAUGAUGGCUAAUCUUUUCGUUCUCAAUUUCCCAAGUUAUAGUUCCAGCUUCAGGAUCGUCUCUGCUUCAGCUUCCUCAACAAAUGGCGCUCAUCCAUUAUCAGCAGGGAGCGGCGGCGGCAGCGGCAGCGGGCCAGUGAUCCUGGAGCUUCCUCUGGAGAAGAUACGGAGGCCUCUAAUGAGGACCAGAUCAAACAACCCCGAUAAAAUCAAAGAAUUAAUGGAAAGUAUACAAGAAAUUGGGCUUCAAGUACCUAUUGAUGUUCUUGAAGUUGAUGGAGUUUAUUACGGUUUCUCUGGUUGUCAUCGUUACGAAGCUCAUCAACGGCUCGGGCUUCCUACAAUCCGUUGCAAAAUUCGUCGUGGAACCAAGGAAACCCUAAGGCACCACCUACGUUGAGGUAUCAGAAGGUUGCCUGCUGGUAGUAAAUUUGCAAGUUCCAUCAAACUAUUUAUUGUUUUUAAUGCCAUCAAAAGCUAUUAAUGGAUACUCAGAACAAAGCAUGUGUAUAUGAAUAUUACAAAUAUUUUCAAUCUCAAAGGUUUACAUGUAAAGAAACCAUUACUUGUAGAUCCAUUUCGAUGUCUAAAA